AUGUCAUUUAGAUCGCCCAUCUCCAAAUGCUCCACCAUUCUUCCUUCUCUCGGAAGGUUGGAGGGCUUCCAAUAUGCCAACGGUGUGCAACAGUAUUGUGGCAUACCUUAUGCGUCCCUUGAGAAACGGUGGACUCGAUCGCAGUUGAUGACGCAGUGGCCCAAUGACUACCAUGAUGGAACAAAACUCGGGUAUGGCCAAUCACACAAGCUCAGGCGGGAUUCAAAAGCUGAAUACUUACAUACACAAUGUAGAAGCGACUGUUCCCGACCGAGAACUGAAGGGGAUGACUCGGAUGAUCUCGUACCAGUUCCUCCAACGGGACAUUUCGGAGAGCCUCAAACGGACGAGUUGUCCGGACUCGUUAUGAACAUCGUCUUGCCUUGCGUUCCUGGAUCACAAAGGUUUCCCGUCAUGGUGUACGUUCAUGGAGGUUCACUGCUGUAUGGUGGUGCUAACCUACCAAUCUUUGAUGGUGUCAAUCUCGUUUCCCACAGCAUGGAAAUUGGGAUGCCCAUCGUCUACGUCAAUUUCAACUAUCGGGUCGGAUUGGGUGGCUUUCUUGCCAGUGCAGCAAUCCAGCAAGAGCUCCAGCGGGAUGGCCAUCAAGGCUGUGGGAACUUUGGAUUUACCGAUCAGCAACUAGCAUUCGAGUGGGUUCAGCGUUUUAUUGGCGAUCUCGGUGGCAAUCCCGAUCGAGUGACCGCGGUUGGAGAGUCAGCAGGUGGCAUCUCUAUUAGCAAUCAAAUGCUAGCAGCUCAUCCUCCGCCAUUUCACCGUGCGGUCUGCAUGUCCGGCCUCUCGGUCUCGAUUCCAGCUUGGACAAUGGAGCAGCACGAGGAGUUGUUCCGGGCUGUCUGCCGCCAUUUCAACGUAGACCCAUCACAAUCAGACGUGCUGGACCGUCUACGGCGCAUACCCCAGCAGGAACUAGCCAAUGCAACUCCUAUCAUACAAGGUGUAUUGUCAGGCACAGGGAACCCAUGCCUCGAUGGUUGGUUCUAUGACCGAGACCCACGCGAGAUACAUGAGCCACCACAGUGGAUCGAAUCUUUGAUGUUAGGAGAUACCUACCACGAAGGGGUUAUCUUCCACGUGAAUCUGCUGAACGACAGUUUCGCAAGUAUUCGAGAGAUACUAAGUCAACAUAUGCCCCUUGCUGUGACUGAUAAAGUCCUGGCGGAGUAUGAGAUACAACCCGAGCUGCCACAGGACGUCCUUCUGAGCCGGGUAGAACACAUGUGCGGUGAUGCAAUCUUCAAGAUCCCCAAUUAUGCUACGGCACUUGCCAGUGUCCGUCUGUCAAGGGAAAAGGCGGUGUUCGAAUACCACUUUGAUCAGCGUUCUCGCCUGAAAAACGCACUGGAGGGCACCGCCUAUCACGCACAUGAACUUCUCUACCUGUUUGGAAACCUGGACAAUGAGCUCUCUACGGAAGAGCGGGCGAUGGCGCGCAGCUUUGCUGAAUCAUGGGUCAAAUUCACGUAUGGCUACUCACCUUGGGAAGGUUCGAAGCGACACUGGAAAGUAUGGGGUCCUGAGUCAGUCCAAGCAGUAAAACAUGAAGACGAGGACGAAGAAGCUCGGUCAUACUCACGUAUGAAGAGGAUGCUGGCGAUGGAUCAUGGAGAGACUUGGAAACGAUGGCUUAACGGCGUAGACGCCUUGGUGAACAAGCGUAUGAAUAUGGGGAAGAAUUAUCUUCUGUAA